AUACUCCUCCUGUUGCAUUGUUAACUUUACUGAGUUUGUGGCAUGACAGACCUCAUCCGGCUUAGACAACAGUGACAGAGAGACAACAGUGACAGACAACAAAAAAAGUUAUUUUCAUUCAUGUGAUUAAAAAUUUUCCAUACACUGCAGGUUGAAAACUGAAGUGUGAAAACUGAAGUGAAAACUGCAGCACUAGCGAUGUCCUCAUUCUGAGUGGGCUGCAGCUUGAGUUGAGAUGGAAAACAGAGACAUCUGGUUUACAUGAAGACAGCCGCGACUCGUGCUUCUCACAGUGCAGCAGAAUGACCUGAUCCUUGCCUACAGCCCCUCAGGCGCAUACUUCUUCCCACCAGAGACCGUGCCUUUGCAUGGCGCAGGGGCUAAACGUGCAGGCUUUCACAACAACAGCGCAAAAGCAUCAAGUGUUUAUUUAUAUUAUAACUCAAUUAAAGCCAUCCACUCUGUGAGAAAACAGUGUGCUUCAGAUGGUUACGACUUAUCAAGGUGUCAGAUGAACUAAAAUCAGCUUGUUUGUCUUGAAUUUUUCACAGAUCUCCGUUCAUCCUCUUACCAACAACUCUGGAACGCUCAGUACUUAAAGCUUUAUGAAAACUUAUCCCAGAAUCUCAGGAAGAUCAGAAGUAUUUAAAUCUGUAUUUUAAGUGGUUUUAACAAGAAUAACAUCUCCAUGUAUUUCUGUCUCAGUUACCUUGCAGAUCUGACCUUGCGGUGCUCUACAUGCUCUUUAUUACUGCGGCAAUUCUUCCCCAAGUCAGCUGCUGUUUAAUGUGACACAAAUAAGUUUCUCUAAUCCUAAAAUAUGCUCACAACUCCCUUUCAACAUCACAUAUUGUUUCCUUGUCCCCGUUGCUUAUCUACUCUCUGGUUAUGACUUUAGAACAUCCCUUUAGGCAAAGCGUUCAGGAUGCUUUCCUUUUCAUUUCCACAUUCUGUUUCAGUUUUGUUCUCAUAAAACUUUAAAUAAGAUGGUUAUUAUGAAAGCAUUAAGGGAACAUUUUAUAUAAUGCUCUAAACAACUGGGGGGAAAAAAGGUUUUCUACUCACGUUCUCAUUGAAGUUGUAGAGACAUUUAUGAACUGUAGGUGGAGCCAUUCAUCCUACUUUAUAGUCGGAAAACUGAAUACAUUUCUUUUAGAAUAAAGAUUAGUGUUAAUAAGGUUUUUUUAUAUGAAACAUAUGUUAAAGACACACACACACACACACACACACACACACACACACACACACGCACGCACGCACGCACGCACGCACACACACACACACACACACACACACACACACACACCUGUUAACUUUCAUGUUUUGGAGCAGAAAAAGAGCAUAAAACCUAAAUAUUUAAAGCUCAGUUUGCUCCACUGGUUUACUGUGAUGCUCACCUGUUCCAGCCAGAUACCUGCAUCAUGGGGUUGAUCUGAGCUGAGUAGGAGACUCCUGUUGUUUUGUUCAUCUUCAUCAUAAUAAUGACAACAUUAGAUGACAACAGGUGCUCACAUAGGUUUGUGCUGAUGAACAUGUCUGAGCAGCUUGACCACAUUGUUGUGUGUCGGGGAGGAAAAAUAAAAACUACAGCAGCCACAGAGUCAUGCUGGUUUGAGCGUGUCGCUGCUCGCUGGAGUUAUAGCUCUGUCUGGAAGUUAGUUGGAAAACUUUCUCUUUCAGUCGAGAACACAUUACUGAGCGGUUAAAAUCUCUGUUUCUGGGCUUCAACGUUGGAAAAUAGCUGAGUAAACUCGGCGCUGAGUGGGAGGAGUGUUUAGUUUCUCCGAGACCGAGGAGCUGCAGACACCGGCAGCAGACGCUGGAAAAAACACAAAGGAGAGGGCACUUUGGCUCCGCGCUAACGCCACAAUGCAUCAUGGGAUGUUGUAUCAGCCAGCGGGUCAAUUUUAAUAUAUUUUUGAUAUUUAUUUCGGGGGCCUUGUGUCUUGACACAUGUGCUCUAUUUGAUCUAGCACUUUCUAGAGUCCUGGCACCCCCUAAAGCAAUUUCAUUCACCCUUUCACACACACACUUUCACACACACACAUUCACACACACACACACACACACACACGCACGCACGCACGCACGCACGCACACACACACACACACACUCACGCACGCACGCACACACACACACACACACACACACACACCUGUUAACUUUCAUGUUUUGGAGCAGAAAAAGAGCAUAAAACCUAAAUAUUUAAAGCUCAGUUUGCUCCACUGGUUUACUGUGAUGCUCACCUGUUCCAGCCAGAUACCUGCAUCAUGGGGUUGAUCUGAGCUGAGGAGGAGACUCCUGUUGUUUUGUUCAUCUUCAUCAUAAUAAUGACAACAUUAGAUGACAACAGGUGCUCACAUAGGUUUGUGCUGGUGAACAUGUCUGAGCAGCUUGACCAUAUUUUUGUGUGUCGGGGAGGAAAAAUAAAAACUACAGCAGCCACAGAGUCAUGCUGGUUUGAGCGUGUCGCUGCUCGCUGGAGUUAUAUCAGCUCUGUCUGGAAGUUAGUUGGAAAACUUUCUCUUUCAGUCAAGAACACAUUACUGAGCGGUUAAAAUCUCCAUUUUUGGGCUUCAACGUCGGCAAAUAGCUGAGUAAACUCAGCGCUGAGUGAGAGAAGUGUUUAGUUUGUCCGAGACCGAGGAGCUGCAGACACCGGCAGCAGACACUGGAAAAAACACAAAGGCGAGGGCACUUUGGCUCCGCGCUAACACCACAAUGCAUCAUGGGAUGUUGUAUCAGCCAGCGGGUCAAUUUUAAUAUAUUUUUGAUAUUUAUUUCGGGGGCCUUGUGUCUUGACACAUGUGCUCUAUUUGAUCUAGCACUUUCUAGAGUCCUGGCACCCCCCAAAGCAAUUUCAUUCACCCUUUCACACACACACAUUCACACUCUGGUGGUGAUGAGCUACAUUGUAGCCACAGCAGCCCUGGGGCGCACUGACAGAGGCGAGUCUGCCGUACAUCACCAGCAGGUAAGGUAGGUUAAGUGUCUUGCCCAAGGACGCAACGGCAGCGACAGACUGAGCGGGGCUCGAACCUGCAACCUUCCGAUUACAGGGCGAGCAAUUAGCUCCUGUGCUACUGUCACCUUUUAAUGUUGGAAUCAAAUUAAAGAAUCAUUAUUUAGUGCAGGAAGGAACAUUAUCAUUGCUCCAUCUUCCCAGCAGCUGUUACUCUAUGACCACUGCUGCUCCCAACAAAACCAGUAAGCAGUCCUUUGCAUUCCUGCUUAUUUGCAGUUUCUGUUGUUAAUCUAUUUGGCUAAAUAUCUACCUACAUUUUAUUACUCUGUAUUUAACGUGAUAAGUACAAUUAAAUGUUUUGUUUUUUUAGAGAAUAUGUGUUUUUGUCCUUUCAUUAUUCAUUUUUUUAGUCUUUAUAUAGUUUUCGCUCCUGUAUUGAAAUUUACUUGAUUCUGUGAAUCAGUGUUGCUGCUGACAUCAAAAUGUCCUCGCUGAUGGACAACCGGGGAUAUUCUAUUCUAUUCUAUUCUAUUCUAUUCUAUUCUAUUCUAUUCUAAAACAGCUGUAUACCACAGACACUCCAGGGUCUGAGCUCAUUCUGUCAACCCCACCUAUAAGUAAAUUAUUCAGUAUUCAUGCUGCUCAUUGGGAUUGGGACUCCAUGUUGGCCUCUUUCCAACUCAAGCAUGGCUCCAUCUGCCGGCGGUGUUUAAAAUAGCAGUUUACUGAGAUGGAGACCGUCUGGUGCAUCGGAUCAUUUCGACAGGAAAGUCUGGGACUAAAGUGCUUUAGGGGUCAUUCCUCUUCUGUGGAAAGCAGACUUUAUAUGUAAUCUGUGAUGGAGGAUCCUGUUACCCAAGAAAGGAGCGUCAUUUAUCUUGGUGACUUCACCUGGAACAGCACCUUAGGCCACAAUGUUUGCCUAAAGCCCGUCCCCCUGCAAAGUCUCUCUGAAUUGGAACGGGUUCGUCUCCAGGAAGUUGCCUUCAGGCGGUUGGUUCGCUGUCAUGACUUGGGUUGCCACAUCACCAUCCCUAAAUGUGGCCUCAAGCACAAGAAGUCUCUUAGAAGGAAGUUGGAUUCAUUAUCUAAAGAGAAGAACAAAGAUAAAGAGACUAUGCCACAGGUGUUUGGCAUUCCACUAUUGCAUGUCAUCGCCAACGAUCGCAUACACAAGCUGCGGCACGAUCACCUGCGGGAGGAGCAGACUAACCCCACGGAACUGAUGCUAUCCUUCCUUCACCUGUCCUCUAGCCUUAAGAGGACUAACAAGGAGCUCUCUAGCAGCAACUCAUCCCUGAGCUCCAACUCUGAGAGCCAUAAUGAAUCGCCUCUGCCCAGCACACCAGACACAGCCCCACGCACUCACAGGAGGGGUGGAGUGUCCGUGGACUGCAUCACUGACCUCGAUGACAACCAGUCUCGACUCCUUGAGGCCCUGCAGCUGUCUAUGCCGGAUGAAGCGGCCGGGAACAGGAAGAAACCCCGCGACAAAAAGCUCAGCCUGAACCCGAUUUACAGGCAGGUGCCGAGGAUAGUGGAUCUCUGCUGCCAGCAUCUGGAAAAGAAUGGAUUGCAGACUCUUGGAAUUUUUCGCGUUGGAAGUUCCAAGAAGAGAGUACGACAGCUUCGGGAGGAGUUUGAUCAGGGUUGGGAUGUGCCCGUAGACCAGGAGCAAUGUGUCCAUGACAUCGCCGCCUUGUUAAAAAAAUUCCUCCGAGACAUGCCUGACCCGCUGCUGACGAGAGAGCUGUACACAGCCUUCAUCCACACCAUGCUUUUGGACAAUUCAUCUCAGCAGAGUGCCAUCCAGCUCCUGGUAUUGCUGCUCCCUCCCUGUAACAGCGACACGCUGCAGCGCCUCCUCUGUUUGUUGUCCACCGUGUCCAAACACGCUGAAGACAGCACGGACAGCGAGGGACUGCAGAUCCAAGGAAACAAGAUGACAUCACGCAACUUAGCCACCAUCUUUGGACCCAAUCUGCUGCACAAGCAGAAGAACUCAGAGAAAGAGUUUGCUGUCCAGAGCUUUGCCCGUGCAGAACAGAGUUCAGCCAUCAUCAGUGUGGUCCAAAAGAUGAUUGAUACCUACGACACGCUGUUUAUGGUUCCUGCAGACCUGCAGAAUGAGGUGCUGAUGACUUUGCUAGAAACUGAUCCUGAUGUUGUAGAUUAUCUGCUCAGGAGGAAGGACUCUCAGUAUUCGGAUUCGAGCCUUCUUAGACCUGACGGCUCAUUCUCCCUGAGAUCUCUGUCCAAUGACUCCCUCAAAGCAUCCAGCGGGGAGGUGUCUCCUUAUGACAAUAACUCGCCCGUGCUGUCGGACCGCCUGCUCUGCAAGAACCCAGGAGACAGCAGUCCAGUCUCAGACAGAGCUCCUAUACUUUCCAGUUCGUACAAAGUCUGUGGCAAUUCAAAAGACGGCUCGGGCAGCACUUCUCCAACACUUUCGACUGACAAAAAAGCCUCGACUGAUUGUUUCUGGGACACCUGGCACGAGCUGUUUGGGAAGGAUUUUCUUGGCCAUCACUUUACUGGCUCCCUUGGAGACGCAUCAGAAUGUGACUCGUUCGGAUCAUCGGAGGGGCUGAGCAGUCACCAAGGCAACAACAAACUGCCCGUCAGAUCGACACAAACACCAUUGGGUGUUCUGGACUGCAGGCCACACCCCCUGCUGACUCGCAGCAGCAGCGGUCCUCAUGACCAGAGAGAGCAGAGGCAGCAGGAAUCCUCGCAUCAGUCACCGAGCGUCCAAUCAGGAGCUAUUAACUUGGACACCUUUGCACAAAGGACAGAAUGCCCUCCAUGCCCAUUAUUCAUGGACAGGACAGACAGUUUGUCUUUGCCUCUGUGUUCUGGACCUUUAAGAGAGACUUCUCACUCCAAACUCCCAUUUUUCAAUCAUCAGAGAGCUCCUGAAAGCCUCCAGCUGCCCCAGCAGAGCCCUGCCCUCCAGACUGUAGAUACAGCACAUGCCUCGAGGCCUGUGAAGGAAAAAGCCUCUGAUAAACCCGACACACACACCGAAAGGUGGUGUGUGUGGCAGGUGCUGUCGAGCGAAACCCCAGAAGCUCUUCCAGAAAGUUUGGUGUGAUUCAAACAACUUCAUCUAGUUUUUUUUAUUUAUAUGACACAAAACAGAACUUUCUUUAGUAUGUUUUUACCUUCCAAGAAUGUAUUUUAUUUAACUGAUGACAUUUUUUUACGAUGCUUUAUAAAAGUUAUUUAACAGAGAAUUUUUAUUUCCAGCCAUCAGAAACAUAUAUUUUGACAUGACUGUUGGAAUUACGCUUGAAUAUUUUUUUUAAUUCUCAUAUGAAAAAUAAAAAAAUCUUGUAAAAUAGUAUUUUUAAAUUUAUUUUAUCGUUAGAUGUAUUGUUGCUGCAGAACAUGUUUUUGAUGUUUUUGUUUCAGAUCAUUACGACCAGUCACACACUCACUCACAGGGCUGAUUUAGAGUCACCAGUUAGUCAAACAAGCUUGUUUUUGGCCUGAUAAAACCCAACAACAACAAUACGUGUAAUUAUUUAUGAUUCAUUCACAUUAGUGCUUCCUAAAAAUGUAAAUGCCUCAAUUAUAAUACAGUUUUUCAGGAGACUAACACUUUACAACCAUUUCACCAUUAUCAGCAUAAUUUUCUUUUUUUUCUUCUUUUUUGUGUGUAAAAAUAUGUAAAUUUUAUGCACAGUACAAAAAAGAGAUGGUAACUCCUUCUUUUAAGUGUAAACAUGAAUUAAAAAAACCACUAGAGGGCAGUAAAGGACCAAGAAAUGCUUCUUUCUGUGAAUCACGCCUUUGUUUGUUGUUCAAACUGUAAUUGGUGAGAAAAAUGAACCUGAACCAAAAGAUUUGUUUUACUUUUACUAUUUAUUAUUAUUAUUUCAACUAUUUGGAUCUUUUUUCAAGACACUGAUCACAUUCAAACAAGAUUUAGCAGAUAUGCAAAUGAAGACAAGAUGAUUAAUCAUUAUCUAGAAUUGAAAGAGCACCAGCUAGUUUAUAGAUCUAUGUAGUGAUGCUAACUUAAGGAUGCAUUUGGCAUGUUUAUGUGUCCUAACGUUUAUCUUUACUUAUAAUGUAAACAUUUGGCUAUAAACUGAGAAACGUGUGUUAAACUCUCGACAGCUGUGUGACUGAUCACCAGAGUUCCCGUCUGAUGGGACCAAAGAAGCUGUGCAGGAUGUUUGGAUGUGUUUUUACACAGAAUCAACCUCACAGAUGUUUGCCUUCUUUUUUUAUUUUUAUUUUUUUAUUCUGUCACACAAUUGCAGCCUUAGCUUGUUCUAAACACCAAGUGAAGAGCUUAUUUUCUAGUGAUCCAUUUCCUGUAGGCUAAAAUGUUUAAUUUCAGGUCAUAUCUUUUCAUCUUUGCAGACAGAUGUAAAUUGAUCCAGUGGCAGAGUGCUGCUGCUGUUCCCAGCAGGACUCCCAUCCGUUCUCAGUCUGCUCCUCGGCAUCAGGAGCAGCUGCAGGGAGGACGGAGGAAGGUCACAUCCAAAAAUAAGACUUAACGUUCAGAGACAAAGGAGCCCUGGACCGACACUUUCAAGGACAAGAUUUAUGCACAAAUCUCUACACAUGGAAAAAAAAAAACAAGGCACAGUGGAGCUCAUUAAGCUGUUAGUCAUGCACAAUCACUUUCAAAUCUAAUGCUGCAAAGCCCAGAGUCUUCUUGCUGUCAUUUUAGGCAUCAACUCUGAACUGUUUAACAUGCUGCAGCAUUCUGCCUGCUGUUCAAAUACUCUCAAUCCUUGAAUUCAUUCUGACUUCAAGGGUUUUCUCCCUGAUUUGUUAAGUAGAUCAGAAGCAUCUCAACCCUGAAAAUUACAGAAAUCAGUGUUUGAGUGAGAUAAACUAACUGGUUUUGGUAAAUAUAAACAAAUCUUUGUUUAGGUGUUGAAAUGAAGAUUCAGCAGGCGCUCACAAGUAAUAUUUGCUUACAUUUUAGAGUUUAAUUAUUCAAUAACUGGAAGUCUACAGGAUUUUUAUUGUCAAAACUGGACACAAAUGUUCUAUUCCUGUUCUUGUGUUUUCUUAAUGAUUAUAAUUUUUGUUGUUCUUUUGUGUUUUAUUCAGCAGUUCCCAGUUUGGUCCGAAUCCUCCUACUUCUUUUGUUUACUUAUGUUUAAAACAUACUUAUAUCAGCAUAGUGAUUAAAGACUAGUAAUGAAGCUUGUUAUGAAAAUAUG